UUCAAUGCUUUGCAUGGCUUGUUCAUCUUCAGCGGCUCACGAGAUCAGUCGGGCGGCGAUACCGUAGCAUAAACACAUCGAACCACCGCUAAGUGGCUCAGAUAAGUGCCAGAGUUAGGGGCUUUCAAUCUGCGACCCUCUAGCAUCUGUCGAGGUGUCAUGGACCUCAUCCAGUACAAAGUGUAGGGCGCAGCUGGACGACAUGAGAUCCUCAGACUAACUUGACAUAGGACUGGGACAGUCCAGGUAGGUUCUGCGAGACAGAGUUUUCUGGCGCAGGACUCAUGCUGCUCCACCAUCAGGGCGUCUUUUUCCGUCAGACUACACAGAAAGAGGCAAACAAACUUGGUCUGAGAGGAUGGUGCCAUAAUCACCCAGAUUCAAGUGUGGAGGGUAUGGCAGCAGGACCAACGGAGAAGAUCAGAGAAUUCCAGGCGUAUCUCAAAAAGGGCCCCUCUCAAGCUCAGGUAACAGGUGUGGAGAUCAUUUCUGCCCAGUCCAACGUCAGUGAAGAGGAGGUACGGAGAGCAUUGGGAUCGGACAAGGCCGGAUAUGAAGUGAGACAUUAUAGAGGAUGAGGCGCGUUGCGAUACGGUCGCGUGAUGAGCAGUGAGUGAGCGAGACGGGGUAUCAGUGGGACCUCAACAACCUUGGAACCUGCCAUGCCAUGCCAUGCAUCGUCCAUGACCUCGA